UGGGGAGAAUGUUUUUCAUUUUUCUUCUAGCAAUUACUCAAUUUUCACUACUGUUAAACUCAAUCAUUGCUGUGUACCCAAAGAAAGGGUUUAGUAUGAAGAUGAUUCAUAUAGAUUCCAAAGAGUCGCCUUUAUAUCCAGGUGAUCAUUUAACAAGAGACGAAAGGCUUCAAAGACUCGUACAACAAUCCAAAACUCGAGUACGUUACAUCGAAUCACAAAUAUUACUUCAGAGAAAUGCUACGCACUCUAUGGAUCCUAAUGUUGCACGUUUGCCCGUAGUUUAUGAGUCAGCAAUGUUUUAUGUUGCAGAGAUUGGUUUAGGUGCCACUAAGGCUUUCAAUCAAGAUAAUCCUCUUUAUCCUUGGAAGUUGUCAACUACAUAUCGUCCGGUACCUUGUAGUAUGCAUCCUCGUUGUAGGCGUGCUAUGUGCAAUAGAGAUGGCCACUGCACCUACUUUACAAGAUAUGCGUCUGGAUCAAUUACAUCUGGUGUUAUUGCUAAAGAAAAAUUCACUCUAGGGUUUGAUACUAAUGAACCUGAGAGAAUUGAACUACAAAUAGGUUGUGGUUUUUUUCAAGAAAAUUUUGAAAAUUUUAUAGGUAAUAAUCAUUUGCAUGGAAAAGCUGAUCGUAUUGCGGGAAUACUCGGUUUGGGAUGGGGAGAAGGGUCUUUUUUGAACCAGUUAGGAGCUGUUGGACAAGGUAAAUAUUCCUACUGCUUCGAGACAUUUGACUAUUAUGCUGAGCCAUCGAGUACAUAUUUAAGGUUUGGUGCAGAUGCGAUAAUUAGAGGCGUUGGUCAACAAGUAAAAAAAACUCCCAUUGUUGUGCCUGCGUUUCAGACACAACUCUAUUACUUAAAUUUAGAAGAUAUCAGCAUAGGUACCAAACGAGUAAGAUUUCCAAGUGGUACUUUCAAGGUUAAUGGUCAAGGAGAAGGUGGUACUAUUAUAGAUUCUGGUACUCCAUUAUCUCAGAUGUACAAGGAUUAUUUUGAUAGAGUUGCCGAUUUGGUGAAAGAACACUUUGACAAGCUCAGAAUUGAAUAUGUCGGAUCCGUAGACCAUUUUGACUGUUGUUUCCAUAUACCUGAAGGAUUUGAUAUUACCAACUAUCCUUCAAUAACACUUCAUUUUCAACAGGCCGAUUAUGUUAUAUCAGAUUAUAAAGCCAAUUUCUUUUUGAAAUCUCCUAAAAUUGCUUGUUUAGCUUUUUUCGGAGUUGACAAAAAGGGACGUGGUACGCCGCAUUUUAUUUUAGGUGCAAUGCAACAAACUAACAAACGGAUUUUGUAUGAUGUUAUGGAUCUUUCACUCUCAUUCGCUACAGAACAAUGCGAAGUAGGUUCAUGACUGUGUUUAUCUCUAAUGAUUA